AUGAAAGAUAAAGUUUGCACAAAAAAAUUUCCUAAAGAGUUUAAUCCUUGCACUAUUGCAAUUUUCAAUGGUUAUCCUAACUACAGGCGUUUAGAUAAUGGUAGAGUAGUCAUUAUAAAAGGUAACCAAGUUGAUAAUCGAUGGGUCGUACCCUAUAACCCCUGGUUAUCAAAAAAAUACCAAGCCCACAUUAAUGUUGAAGCUUGCAUGUCUAUUAAGUCAGUGAAGUAUUUAUACAAAUAUGUCUAUAAGGGGCAUGGUUGUGCGAAUGUGGUAAUUAAUGAAAGUGUUGACCAUGAUGAAAUUAACACAUAUUUAGACUGUCACUUUGUUUCCGCCCCAGAGGCUCUUUGGCGAAUAUAUGAGUAUUCCAUAAGUGAUAUGUCACAUACUAUUAUCCGCCUUCAAAUCCACCUUCCUGAUAAUCAGAGAGUAUAUUUUAACGAAGAAGAAGAACAAGUAGCUAUAGAUCGUGCAGCACAGCGUGACACUCACCAAACCGCUUGGUUUAAGUUAAAUGCUGAAAAUAAUGAAGCACGUCAGUAUUCUUAUGUUGAAAUUCCAUAUCACUUUGUUUUUGGUAAAAAUUGCAUAUGGAAAGUAAGACAAAGAGGUAGUGAUAAGGUGGUUGUUCGAAUGUAUAAAGUCAGUUCAUUUUGCGAAUUAUUUUUUCUCAGGUUGUUACUUUUGCAUGUAAAAGGUGCAAAGUCUUUCGAGGAUUUGCGUACUGUUCAUGGUACUGUUUUUAAUACAUUUCGUGAAGCAUGUUAUCAUUUAGGUUUAUUGCAAGAUGACAUUGAGUGGAGAAAUACAUUAACUGAAGCUGCUGCAACUCGGAUGCCUAAACAAAUUAGGCUACUGUUUUGCAUCAUAUUAACUUUAUGUGAACCUGAUGAUCCUUUACACCUUUGGAAUACAUUUAAAAAUUAUAUGGUUGAAGAUUACAUACACCAUUCAAUGCCAGUCGUACUUGCUGAGCAGGCAGCUCUUCGUCAAAUUGAAUCUAUAAUUAAUCAGAGUGGUAAAACCUUAGCUGAUUAUAAUUUGCCAGCUUUAGAUCAGUUUUUAGAUAAUGUCCCAGAAAAUGAUGAUGAAGAUGUUCAGGUGUUUAUUGAUGAAGCAAACCGAGUUAGACCAUUAUUGAAUGAUAAUCAACGUAAUUUAGCUGAUGUUAUCCUUGCUGCACUAUGUGUGGAACCUACUAAUGAAAAUAAGCAUUCAAGGUUGUUUUUUAUGGAUGGGCCUGCCGGUUGUGGUAAAACAUUUACUUACAAUUAUUUAAUUUCUGAAACACAGAGCAGGCAUAUUAGAACUGCAACAGCUGCAUGGACAGGAAUAGCUGCAUCUCUUUUAAAAAAUGGGUGCACAAUGCAUAGCUUAUUCAAACUUCCUGUUCGAAUUUUUGAAAAUAGCACAUGUAAUGUAACUCCAAACUCUAUUCAUGGUAGAUUCCUGAGACAAAUCAGUUUGUAUUUACUUGAUAAAGCAUCUAUGAUACCCAUAUAUGCUUUGAGUGCCAUUGAUAAGCUAUUACAAGAUAUUUGUAAUAACAACUUUCCUUUUGGUGGUAAGGUUAUUCUAAUGGGUGGAGACUUCAGACAAAUACUUCCAGUUGUGAAGCGAGGUCGACCAGCAGAAGAUAUAGAAUCAUGUUUAAAAUGUUCUGAACAUUGGCAAUAUGUGCAAAGGUUCUCAUUAACUGUAAACAUGAGGGUUCAGAUAGAAGAAGAGGAAUUUUCUCAAUGGCUUUUAAAGCUUGGAAGUGGAACAUUACCUGUCAAGCCUGAAGAUCCUUUGCGAGGGUGUAUUGAAAUACCUGAGCAGUGCUUUCUCAGUGAUAAUGAAUCUAUUGUGGAGAAGAUUUUCGGUGGUGCAGAAGAAGCUGAUUAUGCAAAACGUGCUAUUUUAACGCUAACAAAUGUUGAUUCAUUGGCAAUAAAUGAAGAAGUCCUUCAUCGCUUACCCGGUGAUGUGAAAACAUAA